AUGAUCACAACUGUAGCUGCAGUUAUUUCGGCUGCGACUAUUGCAGUUGCCGCGGCCAUCUGUCGUAGCUGCGUCAUAGGCAUCGAAAACGGCUGCUGCGGCUACUCACUUGCCAACCCCAAGUUCUGGAUGUACAGUGGCUACAAUGACAAUCCUCCCUCAUCCACAGUGAACACACAGACAACAGACAUCUGUUCCUUCUCCCAGACAGCAGGGGCUGCCAGAGGGGCUGUGGGUGUGUUGACGUAUGACCUACUCAAGUUGGAAAGCAGCACCGAUGAACUGAACAAUUACAACAGCAAUGAAUUGAUAGCUGUCAUGUUCUCUGUACCUUUUGAUUACAACUUCUAUGACAACUGGCUGGCGGUGGGCAUUUUUGAUCAUAAUCAACCAUGUGACAGCGCACUUUUCGAUCUCAUGUACAAUGGCAUUGACUUAAAGUUUCGUCGUGCUAAGGCCAAAGACGGUAGUGUAGUGUACCAAGGAAAGUCAGUGAACAUCACGGCUACCAUGAGUAAUAAAUGUGUGGCUGUUGUUAAGGUGAAACUCAAUGACGAAUGCUGA